AUGGCGAUCACAAUCCUUACCGGAAUCGAGGACACCCUCGCCCUCAUCCAUGAAUGCGGUGCUAACCUCGCCCGAAUUGAGUCCACACUCCUUCUUGCUCUGCGGAAGCUCUGCGCCAGCAACACCUCCGAAGGCGAGUCCACUCGCAACGCUGCCGCAAGCUCAAGCCGAACACGAGAGAAUACUGGAGCUUCCGAACUCGUUCUCUGUCAACCUAUCCAGGGCAAUAUUGAUCCUCUCACAGUGCUCAACCCUGCAACGCACUCAGUGGGGGUGCUUUACAUCCUCGCUGCCCGAGCAACGCAUGCUUCUGCCUUGGCAGACGACGCGACCACCUUGCUGCCACAUAUAUCGGCAUUUGUUCAGCGAUUCGAUGCUGCACAGGUGCAAUUAGCAGGGGACAAGGUGACGCAGCUCGCAGCGAGCUUUUCAGGAUUGGCGGAUAGGAUCACGAAUCCGGAAUCGGCUUUGCAGCUGUUGCAAGCGUUGGCGUCCAGGUUCAUUACCAGACCGGAGAGUAUCACAACGCUCCAUCCGCUGCUAGCAUACCAAUAUCUCAAGACAGCACGAUACGCAGAAGCAGCAACCAUGCUACUCGAUCUGCCCUUGAUCGACGCAGACGCAUCCGUCACACCACUCGCCCACUCUGAUAUUCUGCAAUACUUCUACUACGCCGGUCUGAUCUAUAUCAAGCUCGACCGCUUGGAAGAUGCGAUUGACGCGCUUGAAACUUGCAUCUCAAGCCCGGCAGUAGCGGUUAGCGCCAUCCACAUGGAUGCGUACAAAAAGCUUCUUCUCGUCCAGCUCCUCGCCCAUGGCAAGACCUUGCCAGUACCCAAGUACACCCCGCAGACUAUCACACGAACGUUCAAGCAGAUCGCACAGCCCUAUCUCGCUUUUGUCGCCGCAUACGAGAGCAGAGACGCUCAUAGCACGCAGCAAGUUCAGCAGCUGGUUGAGGAGAAACGAGAUACGUUUGAAAAGGAUCGCAAUCUGGGGCUAGUGAGACGAUGUUUGGCACUGCACAGGCAGAGAAGGAUUCAAAGGCUAGGUAAAGUGUAUAGCGCGCUAGCACUUUCGGAGAUCGCUAGCAUGGUGGGAUUGGAGAGUGGCGAUGUGGUUCAGGCUGUUUAUGCUGAUGUGCAGGAUAUCGUUCGCAAUGGUUGGGUCCACGCAACGCUCUCCCCACCACCCGGAGGCUCCUCUUCUUCCAACACAGUGACCGGCGACUGGGUCGUCAACUUUGACCCCUUCGGUGGUGAUGCAUAUACCUCCGCCACCUCUAUUUCACUGCUUGAGGGCAAAAUCAAGACAGCAAAACAAUACCAGACGCUGCUGCAGCAGAGAGAUCGAGAUAUCGAGAAGAGUCACGCCUAUCUCACGCGGGGUCUCAAGAUUCGUGAUGCGAGAACAGCGGGAGCAGAUGCCUAUGCGGGUGCUGAUGAUUUUGACGAUGCUGAUUACUGA